UUUGAUCUCAGUUUCAGUAUUGUAUUAUAUUCCUAAUGGCCGAGGUAAGUUCCAGUAAUUCAAACGAUCAUUCCCACAAUCGUAAGGCUUUGACUGUAGGAACAAGAUAUUGUGGAACUGUCACAGUUUAUAAAGAAGAUAAAGGAUAUGGAUUUUUUUCGGUCCCUAAUCACGAUAAUGUAUUUUUUCAUAUGACGACAAUGCGAAAUUGUGGUAUUACAUCAGGAAUAUCGAGGGGUGAUAAAUUUUGCUUCGAUGUUAAAGAACACAUUGGUCGUGAUAGUAAACUGGAUUUUAGAGCAGAAGCAGUUACAAGACUUGAACGAAAUCAUCAAAUGCAGAACCAGGAUAGCAGGAAACAAACUCACAAGCAUGAUAAACACCAACAUGGCACGUAUAGUAAUGGUAACUCCGGAGCAUUCGUUUCGAUCCCACAUCCUCAUGAUGUCAAAGUUCACGGUAAAAAAGAGGUUUCUUCAAAACAUGGUGAAAUAGUUGAAAAAAAUUUGUACAGAGAAAAGCACGAACGGAGACCAAAACCGAAGCCUAUAGAUUUAAGCUCAGGAAAAAUUCGUGUUGGUCCCCCAUGCGUUGUUCCUGCAAUGAGGAAAGGGCCAAUUGUAGUCUCCGCCACUGGGCCUAAUUCUGCUGAAAUGGCCCCAAGACUAGAGGAUUCUGAAGUUGUGAGACUGAAAGAGAACAUAGGUAAGAAAAAAACACUUUUUCGCAGUUUAAAACUAGAUAAACUUCCAGAUGGUGGUAGAAGACUGAAAGAUGAAAUAAACAAUUUGGAACUUGAACUGCAAAAAUUAUCCAUGAAAAGCAAAAAUAAAGAUAAAAGUCAUGAUUCAACUCCUUCAAAACUCAUUGACAAAGAGAAUCAACUACCUCUUUCAAACGCUGAUGCAAAGCCUAAGCAUACACGACCAUGGUUAGAGUCAUAUUCAAGAAAGCCUGAUGCCCAAGGUGCUGUAAUGAUAGCACCUCCUAUGGCUUUUAACUCUGCUCCUGAUAGGAAACUUACUCAAACAAAACUUACGUUCCCGAAAGCGGAACCAUUUGGGGGGAGAACAGGAAAAUUAGAUCUUAGUGCAUAUGAUAUGGGUCCAAUGCAAUUUAACGAUGGUCCGUUAUAUGGAGGAAGAAUGACAAGUGCUCGUCUGACUGAAGUUCGCCAGAUAACAAAGGCUGCAAUUGAGGACCUUCACAAGUCUCUGGAAACGAGACCUGAACCCACAGGAGAACUGGAUGAUCCUGAUGGCCUGAAGGUAACAUUAAUGACCCAUCAACGACAAGCACUUGCUUGGUUAGUGUGGAGAGAACAACAAUCUAUGUCUGGUGGAAUUCUGGCUGAUGAUAUGGGUCUUGGCAAAACUCUUACAAUGAUCUGUCUUAUAUUGAAACAAAGAGAAUUGUCUGAUGAAAACAAAGACUCUAAAAUCCAGAUUAAAGAAGAGGAUGACAUCAAAGACUUUAAUAGCUCAAGUGAAUCAGACGAUUCUGUUAUUUUAAUUGAAAAUGAGAAAACUGAAUCAAAAAUCAAACGGGAAGUUAAAGGUGGCAGUAAAGAAGAAAGUGACAUUGGUGAAACAGAAAAAACUCCAUUGAUUGAGAGUGAUUCAACUUUAAUUAUAGCUCCAGCGUCUUUACUCUUUCAUUGGGAAAAAGAAAUUCGUAACAGGUGUGAUAAAGGUCUUCUCAGUAUUCAUCUAUUUCAUGGAAGUUCCAGGGAGAAAGAACCUUCAAGACUUGCUGAAUUUGAUGUGAUUAUUACAACUUAUGAUAUAGUGCGACGAUGUUUAUCAGCAAAAGCUGAAGAAAAGAAAGAAAAUACACUCAUGCAAAUCAAAUGGAAUCGUAUAAUACUUGACGAAGCACAUCAGAUUAAAAAUUUCAAAAGCCAAUCAUCUGAAGCUGCAUGUAAAUUGGAAGCAAAGUCAAGAUGGGCAAUGUCUGGUACUCCAGUACAAAAUAAUCUUACAGACAUGUAUGCAAUGUUAAAAUUUUUACACUGUCGACCAUUCGAUGAAUAUAAGGUUUGGAAACAUCAAGUAGAUAAUAAAACAACCAAUGGAAAAGAGAGAUUGAAGACAUUGGUUUCAUGCAUCGUUUUGAGAAGAGAGAAAUCACAAAGCGAUACAUUUGGAAAACCACUAGUCAAUUUGCCGAAGCGGACAUUUGUUACUCACAAGUUGAAACUGAAUGACGUGGAAAGAGAGGUAUAUCAAAAAUUGCAAUCAGACUCUCAAGCUGCAUUCAGAAAAUUUCAAGAUAACAAGAAACAUCCUAAAAGUAGUGCAUCUGGUCAUCUUGGUAGUUCAUCUAAGGGAGGAAAUAAUGAGAACAAAAUGACUGCAACUACUUUAUUAGUUAUGUUGUUGAGACUUCGGCAAUGCUGCGGACAUUUGAAUUUGUUAAAGCAGUCAUUCGACCCUGAACUUUUGAGCAACGAAAAAAAAGAAAUGGCAUUGGAAGAUAUGUUUCAAACCAUGGAUAUCAAUAAAACUCCAGUAAAGAUGGCUGAUAUCAACUUGGCAAGUUAUGUUGGGAAAAACAAAUCAAAAUAUUUUGACAAGUCGUCUAUGAGCGGAAAAUUGGAAUUUGUUCUCGAUGAGUUGAACAAACUAAGAUUUGAAAAACCAGAUGAUAAAUGUGUUAUUGUGAGUCAGUGGACAAGCAUGCUAGAAGUUGUUGCAUAUCAUCUGGAAUUAUCAAAUAUGUCUUAUGUUAUCAUAAAAGGUAGUGUGCCAGCAAAGAAAAGAAUGGACAUGGUUGAUGAUUUCAAUAGAAAUCCAGUGAAUCCCAAGAUCAUUCUUCUAUCUCUUCAAGCCGGUGGAGUUGGAUUGAAUUUAAUAGGAGGAAAUCAUUUGUUCAUGUUGGAUAUGCACUGGAAUCCUGCACUUGAAAAUCAGGCAUUUGAUAGAGUGUACAGAGUUGGUCAAACAAAGCCAGUAUUUGUUCAUAAAUUUGUUGUGGAAGACACUGUGGAAGAAAGAAUUUUAAAGCUCCAAGAACACAAGCUGUCUAUAGCCAAAGCAGUAAUGGAUGGUGCUGGACUGGAAGACAGAAAAAAACUAACUCUACAAGACAUGAAAUUACUGUUUGGAAUUUGAUUCUGUUUACUUGCUAAGACAUCGAAUUGGAUUCCUAUUCCCAUUACAAAACUUAUUUUAUUUUCAGCUGUUUAUUUUCAACCUUGCAUAUUGAUUAUAUUUAUGCAUUAAUUGUCCUACAGUCAAUUUAGUUAUGCUGCCCAUGCUGUCCUUUAUACGUAUACCUGUUCGACUAGGAAAAAUUUCAAAAAUAAAGUGAAAUUACCAGCAUUUAUGUACUUCAAUCAUUAUCUUGUAGAACGACAAUCAUUGCCUUGUAGAACAGCGUCCUGUUGGAUUUUUGAAAAAAUGGAAUACUACAUUACCCUGCGCUGUACCCUGUAUCCUAAUAACACAAAUUGUGAAUCUUGAGUGUCUUUGUUCAGCCCUUGUUCCUUAAUUUCAUUUUUAUUUCUUUUACAUUGAAAAAUCAUGUUUGUUUAACUGUGCAAGUUUCAUUACUUCAUUUAUGUUAUAUGUGCAGUACCUUGUCAAUUGGGAGUCUUGUUUCUUUCUUUUUACGUUAGGUUACAGGGGAAAAUUUUAUUCUCUUAGGGGCUCAAUGACACACAUACAAUUGCUACUGUUGUGCACCGAAAAAAUGUCAACUUCUGUUAAUCCGAAUCAUUUUUUUAAAAUUACCUCGAGUUGGAAUGCCGAUUUCUUGUUGAUCUGGAAAAGCUACCAUGUUUCUCAACCAUUUAUUGAGCAAAUAUUUCUUGGUAAAAAAUUGUUCGGGUGGCUGACAAAAGCUUUCAUCAUUGUUUCGAUCAGCAAGUGAUUUUGUAGAAUUUAGACACGAUUUCUGUAUCUCAUUUGCAUGUUUUUUCUAUGUGAUCAUUGUGUACUGCUGACUGUGAUUAAGAAUCUCAUUUAGGGCGAUAACAAAUCAUGUCUGUUCAUUUGGUACUCAAAAUAUACUGGAUAUAUUCGUUUAGCAGAAAGCUA